AUGAAGAAAAGGCCUUAUAGGAAUGGGGAAAUAUGGGAUUUUGAAGCUGCAAUGAUGUCAUCCAGUGUGAAUCAUCAUAAACAGCAGCAGUAUCAGGAGCAAAAAGUGAUAUUGGGGUUGGAUGGUGGGACUAGUUCCACAGUGUGUGUUUGCAUUGCCUUCAUCGACAACGAUAGCAACAACAGAAGAUUUGAGAUGAUGAAUGAUGGGCCUUCGCCUGAUCGUCCUCCCUCCAUACUCGCCCGAGCUGUUGCUGGAUGCUCCAAUCACAAUAGCGUUGGUGAAAUUGCUGCUAGGGAGACCCUGGAAAGAGUAAUGGCAGAAGCUCUGUAUAAAUCAGGCUUAACUCGUGCCGCUGUACUUGCUGUCUGUCUUGCUGUAUCUGGUGUUGAUCAUCCGACAGAUCAGUACAGAAUAACCAGUUGGCUCAAGCAAAUCUUCUCAAGCAAUGUUAAAUUAUUUGUUCAGAAUGACUCUGUGGCUGCCCUGGCUAGUGGAACAAUGGGAAAACUCCAUGGAUGUGUCCUGAUUGCCGGCACUGGCACCAUUGCUUAUGGGUAUACCGAAGAUGGAAGGGAAGCUCGGGCAGCAGGGGCAGGGCCUGUCUUGGGUGACUGGGGAAGUGGGUAUGGUAUUUCUGCACAAGCAUUGACAGCAGUUGUUAGAGCUCAUGAUGGACGAGGUCCACAAACCGCACUCACAGAUUGCAUUCUAAAUGUUCUGGACCUCUCUUCUCCAGACGAACUGAUUGGUUGGACUUAUGAAGAUCCAUCCUGGGCGCGAAUCGCUAGGCUUUUUUCCUACGUUGUGUCUUGUGCAGAGGCGGGCGAUGAGGUCGCAAAUAACAUCUUGCUAGACGCGGUUCAAGAACUAGCGUCGAGCGUUAAAGCCGUGGUUAAGAGGCUUGGACUCUCUGGUGAAAACGGAAGGGACAAUUUUCCUCUUGUAAUGGUUGGAGGUGUUCUUGAAGGGAACAAAAGAUGGGAUAUUGGGAAAGAAGUGAUCAACUGUAUAACCAAAGACUUUCCUGGUGUUUUUCCCAUCCACCCAAAGGUGGAACCUGCAGUUGGUGCUGCUUUACUUGCUUGGAAUUUUCUGAUAAGACAAAGUCGAAAAGAUGAUGCUUUGGAGAUUGAUUAG